AUGUCGAUCCAGGCCGGUAACUAUAGGAUUCAGAACGUCGGUAUCGGGAACUAUGUGGAUCUGGCCGGCGGGUCGAGUAUCCAGGGCACAAGAGUUCAGGGCUGGACGAACGCCAACAAUUUGAAUCAGCUCUGGCAAUUUGAGCCGGUCAACGACAACACCUGGAAGCUCUUGAACGCUGCGAGCGGUACAUACAUGCUUGGUCCGGUCCACGCCAUCAAUGAGGGUGUCGUUGGCGGCACGCCUCCGGACGAGUUAUGUUCAUCGACUCCGACGGGUCGUAUCAGAUUCAACUCGUCGACGAGCCUCUUCUGCUCGAGGGUCAAAUUGCAGAUCGUCCUCCAGGCCGCCGACGGUGGCGACAACAACCAGUUCUGGUACCUGCACCCGCAGGCGGCCUGA